AUGGGUUAAUGUGUGUCAGAUUCAAGAAUAACUUCUGAAAGAUUUGAAAUUGAAAAAUAAGUAAUAUUCUCAUCAUCAUAUAUUAUCAGUUUGAACCAACAAUGGAUCCAGCUUUCUCACAGAAGAACUAAAGCCAAGAGGUGGAGAGACACAUGCAAUAAAGAAGAAAAAGAAAUAUCAGAGAAGGAUUGGGGAUUGUUGACGAUUCCAAGUCAGUAAACAUAAUUCAGUAUUGAAAAUUGA